CCUAUCUUCACAUACCAAGAGCUACGAGAUCGCCCCUUUCAUUCUUGAGUGACGGAGGGAUCAUAACAUUCGAGCCUUUUUUUUUUUUUCAUGCUUUUCCCUGAGGUCUGAGAAAUUAGCUGCAAUCAAUACGAUUUUUCUAAUCCUCCCUUUGGGAAAGCGGUGCUUUCUUCCGUUAGAAAAGAGGUUUUCACCGAGCUAGCAAAACCCCACUUCCCCAAGAAGGGAGGUAAAAUCAUAUCCUUCCGGUUCUGUUUCUGACAUCAUACUCGAUCCUCCAUUUUUGACGUUGUACGUAAUUACAUUCAGAAACAUGUUGCCGAAUGACCCUCAUCAAUCUGGUGAUGGUGAUGGAGAGAACAGUCUUAGUGCUAACUUACUCAUCACAAGACGUACUACCAUCGCCACCAGAUCAACUACUACGAGCCGGCAAUAUUGGCGUCGAAGUACUCUAUGUAUAAGCUUUGCCAUCUCUCUCAGCAAGGGCCCUAUUGGUGAAAAAUCAACACUGUCCUCGCCAUCUUCUUGUCCGCCGUAUGCUCCUUGCCCCCAAGAGCCCGUACCUGCCACUGCUGGCUCUAACCAAUGCAAUCUAACCUCCCCGGUUCAAUCUAGCCAUGUAACCAUCCAUGUUCGCUCUGACGAAGGGGAGGAAGAGAGACACGAAGAAAAGAUCCUGCCAAACAAUCGGAUUGUGCAAGAUCAGAGGAUUCAGGACGAUGUUCGGAAUAUAGUGAAAGAGAGUAACUUGAACUCUCUUAGGAAACUCGGUGGCGUUGACGGAGCUGUGAAACUUCUGGGUUCUGAUGUGCAGAACGGAAAAAAGAAGCGUGGAGCUCAACAAGCGUGGAGCACAACCAACAACAUCCCAAUUGAUGAAAAAGGUUUCUGGCACUUCUUUCGGGACGUUUGUUUCAGUUACCAAAAUGUUCUCCUCUUUAUCUCAGCUGUGUUAGCCUUCGUUAUUGAUAUCAAGGAGCACGGACCCAAAUAUGGAUGGCAUGACGGGGUUGCCAUACUGGUUGCGGCAGUCCUAAUUGUUGCAUUAUUUUCAGUAGGAAAGUUUCUCCAAGAAGGGAAAAAGAAAAAAACUCUUUUGGAGAAUAUGAAUAAAAGGGACGUGGAGGUUGUAAGAAGUGGAGCGUUAGAGAAUACUACCAUUUCUGAUGUUGUGGUGGGUGAUAUAGUAGUUUUGAAGAUGAAUAAUCGUGUUCCAGCUGAUGGUUUGCUUGUGGAAGGGGUGGACUUUGAGGUGGACGAGGUGUUGAAACCCAAAAUCGAUCGUGAUCAGAACCCGUUUCUCUUCUCAGGUUCAAAGGUUAUUAAAGGUCAUGGUAAGAUGCUUGUGACAUCGGUUGGUGACAAUACAGCUAUGGGCAAGGUGCUGAGCUUGGUGACACAUAAUCCUGAGGAAAAGACACUGUUACAAGCUCGGAUCGAGAAAACAAAUGAUUAUAUUGAAUUUCUAGCUCUUUCUGUCAGUGUGCUUAUUGCUUUUGUGAUAGUAAUUCGCCUCUUCUGCCAUAGGCACAAUAGCAGUAAAUAUUUGCCAGAACUUAAGGGGAAUGUUUCAGUGGACAUGGUGAUGAAGAUCUUCGUGAGAAUUUCACUCAUUUCUCAAGGAAAGAUUUGGAUUCUGACCAGUGCUCUCACGGCAAUGGUAACAGGAAUUCAACACGGGAUGCAGUUUGUGAUUACAAUCUCUCUUUGUUACUGGAAGGACAAGGUGCAACCAUCUGAGGCAGACAUUCAUAAUUUGUUUGCUUGUGGCACAAUGGGGCUGGUCACGGUUAUCUACAUUGAAUCGACUGGGGGUCUAAUGUGUGAAGAGGUGACGGUUGACAAAAUUUUUGUCGGCGAGAAAGAUAUCAGCAACUGUGUGAAGUCUGAAACUGGUCGCUCUGUUCAUGAAGCUUUGCGUCAGGGACUUGCUUUGUCAGUUCUUGUGCCUGAGAUUUCUGUUGGCCGAGGCACCCUUGCACUUAGUUCUUGGUUGAGUUCCCAAGCAGGUCUAAGUACGGAGGAUUUGGCUCAAAGUUUUGACAUUCUCGAGCACACAAAAUUAAGCUCUUUCAAGAAGGUUGUUGGUGUUUUGAUGAGGAGAAGAGAUAGGGAGGAACAAAUUCUGCACUUGCACUGGAAUGGAGCUGCAUCGACUAUAUUGGGAAUGUGUUCACACUACUAUGACAGCAUGGGCGGAAGACAUGCUAUACAGGAUCAUCAGUUAAACAUGUUUAAUCAAAUGAUUAAAGCCAUGAAGGAUUCUGGUCUUAGACCCAUUGCCUUUGCUCAUAGACAAAAUGAGAACCGAGAACUUGUCGAAGAGGGGUUGAACUUGUUGGCACUGGUGGGUCUGAAAUACACGUGUCAGAAAGAGAUUAGAUCAGCAAUGGAGGUUCUUAGGAGUGCUGGAGUACGCAUCAAGUUGGUUUCAGAAGAUGAGCCCCCAGCAGUGAGAGCCAUAGCCUGUGACUUGGGAAUCUUUGGUUCAAAUGAUGUGGAACUUGGAGGUGAAGAAACUAGAGAACUGAUUAGUAAUGGAAAUAUUGAGAAAGUGGAACUGGCUAAGGUGAUAGGAAGUUGCCUCCCAGAGGACAAGCUUUGCAUGAUACAGAAAUUGCAACAAAGAGGUCAUAUAGUUGCUUUCUUUGGAGGGCUGACCACAAGUGACGCUCUAGCUCUGAAAGCAGCCGAUUUAGGGAUUACUAUGAAUGCCUGGAGCACUGAAUUGGCAAGACAGAGCUCAGAUGUUACUGUCAAAAGUUUUGAUUCGUUAGGUACCAUUUUGAAAUAUGGUAGAUGUGGGUACCACAACAUUCAGCAGUUCAGUCAACUUCAGCUCACCACUUGCAUCUCUGGACUACUAGUAGCCUUAGUGACCACAACCAUUACUGGAACAUCCCCAAUAACAGGACUUGCAUUGUUCUGGGUGAAUUGGCAAAUGUGCCUUCUAGGGAGCCAAGUAAUGUUAAUGGAGUUAAAAAGCCAGGAACUUCUAGCCAAUAAACCAGUUAUUGGACCUCAAUCACUUUUAACCGAGGUCGUGUGGAUUAACAUUGCCAUUCAAGUCAUAUACCAGGGUUCCUUCUUUCUGAUCUUUCAGUUUAAGGGGCAAGACAUAACCGACAUGAAUGGUAGUGUCCGAGAGACAAUGAUCUUCAAUGCAUUUUUAUUGUGUCAGAUAUUUCACCAGUUCAAUGCCAUGGAUCUAGGGAAGAAGCAAGUGUUGAGCGAUGUCCUUCACAACUGGCCUCUUUUGGUAACUUUGGCUGCUGUUAUGGCCAUGCAAGUUAUGGUGAUUGAGCUUUUGGGUGAUGCGACCAGUUUUGUGAAGUUGAAUGCAGUACAGUGGGUUUCGUGUUUUCUUGUUGCUGCACUUUCAUGGGGGUUUGACUUGGCCUUAAAGUCCCUAGCCAAUGUCUUCACUAAAUGUUUUGCUCCACAUUUUUCUGUUCUAAUCUUCAUAAUGCUCCUUUUGUCCGCGAUGCCUGCACUAGUCGAUGUUGUCAACCGGUAUGAUAAUAUUCCGUCGGGUUGUGAAUAAAGCAGUCGACCUUUUAUAAGGAAUAGCAUCACAAAUCAGAGUAUCAAGCCUAGAAUGAAGUCAGGAUUAGUUCAAGGCUAGAAUCAGAGUAUUAGGGCUGUCAAGCAUAUUUUUCUCCUUUAUUGUAGUAUUUUCUUAAUUGCUUUCCUUGAGUAUAGUUUCCUUGUAUAGCUUUCCUCGUAUGUAUGGGACAGCUUGUAAAGCAUCUAUAUAUAUGAAUAAUAUACAUCCUCUCUAUCUCAACAAGUGGGAUAGUUUCAUCUCAA